GUAUAAUAUUUCAAAAUGAAAGAUGAUGAUCAACAUAAUAAGUCAGACCUCAGCAAAGAGGAGAUAGACCCCGAAGAAUCUGAUAAGUCUGUUAAUAAACCAGAAAGUGGUCAUGAAAAGAAAUAAAGUGAAAAUAGGCCAAUACAUCCUUGGUCGGUCCAUCGGUGAAGGGACCUUCGGUAAAGUCAAACAAGGAAUGCACAUCCUCACCGGUGAGAAAGUUGCUGUCAAAAUACUCGAAAAAGACAAAAUCCAGGAUGUGGCCGAUGUUGAAAGAGUCGCCAGGGAAAUCCACAUUCUCAAGAUCGUGCGGCACCCUAACGUAGUCCAGCUGUACGAGAUCAUCGAGACUCAGAAGCAGUUGUACCUGAUCAUGGAGUUCGCAAACGGAGGAGAACUCUUCGAUUUUAUUGUUGAGCAACAACGGGUCAACGAGAAGGAAGCUUGAAUGUACUUCCAGCAAAUCAUCGCCGGAGUUGAGUAUAUUUCGAAACUUGGGAUAGUGCAUAGAGAUUUAAAGCCUGAGAACUUACUUCUUGAUCACAACAAAUCGAUCAAACUCGUGGACUUUGGGCUCUCAAACACUUACAAGAAAGGCGAAACAUUAAAAACAGCUUGUGGAAGUCCAUGAUAUGCAGCCCCAGAAAUGAUAGCAGGCAACAGGUAUGUAGGAACAAACGUCGAUAUUUGGAGUUGAGGAGUCAUACUAUUUGCAAUGAUUUGUGGAUUUUUACCAUUUGAAGAUCCAAACACUAGUCAACUGUAUAAAUAAAAUUCUCAAUGCUGAAUACAAAAUCCCUAGCUUCAUAUCUAAAGAUGGAGCUGAUAUAAUAAAAGGAAUCCUUGAGACUGAUUCUAAAAAGCGUUUAACCAUAGAUCAAAUUAGGGACCAUCCAUGGUAUAAACAACAUACUGAAGUAAGACAUAAUGGUAUUAUUGUUGGUACCGAUCAAAUCCCUGUCAAUGAAAAUAUAUUAGAAGAGUUAUCUAAAUACGACUACGAUUUGGACUAUUCAGGUAAAUGAAUAGAAGCGAAUAAGCAUAAUCAUGUAACAGCCUCUUAUUAUCUUCUUCUGAAAGCGAAGUUGAGAGAUGGUAAAAUUACAAUACAGCAAGCAUAUGAGUGAAAGAAUGACUUGGUCAGUUUAAUGAAGAGGCACCCUAGAUUUCAAAAUUUAAAUAAAAAUAUGCCAGACCAUUUAAAAAUUAAUAACAAACCUGAAAAGCCAAGUAGUAUGCCUCCAAAAAUGAGGAUAAGUGAAGAAGAUGAGGAUAGUCCAGGCAGAUUAAAUCAAACAGUAAACUAUGAUAAGCUAGCUCCAAAGCCCCUAAAAAUUGACAACGAAAUAGAGAAAGAAAUUAAAGCAAAACAAAGGACUGGCUCAACUGGCGGCUCUUCUAUGAAAGAUGCAGAAAUUUUGAGAGUUCAAAAUAAGAAAACUUCAGGAUCUCCUUCCCCAUCUCCUAUCGGUCAUCCUAAAUUUCCAAUGAUAAAAGCUCCCAUCCUCAAGCAUGUUCUCGCAGCAGGGAAGCCAGCUCAGACGAUAUCUAAUUCAAGUUCUAGAAAAACUCAAAGAGCGCUAAACCAAGAAAGGUCAAACAUUAAUAAGAGAAUAACCAAAUUAUCUAAGGGAGCAGUAGAUUUUACAAAUCUGUUUAAAAACAUGCACAAAAAUAAGAAGAAUAAAAAUAAAGGUAUUGGCAACGUGGCCCCUCCAUUCAUUUCAAAAGCAGGCCCAAGUGGAAGAGGAAAGCACAAAAAGGCAGCCACAGCUUUCGCAUAUGAGAAUUUAAACAAUAGCUUCCAGAUUGAUAGAUUUAGGCAUUAUACCAUCACAACAACUCCUAGUCAGAAAAAUAAGAGAAAAAGGAAAGGAUCAAAGAAAGUAGGAGUGAAUUUGAACCAUUCUCUUGUUCUGAAUCCCCGGAGUACAACACUAUCAAAGAAUAAAAUGUCUCAUCUGAUGAAUUCUACUCUGAAUCCUCCUUAUGCCUGAAAUGCAAGACCAGUUUCUGUCCUCAACAAAACAGUCUAUACAACAGGAUUAAGAGAACAGAUAGGAGGGUUCCCUAAUCUAAUGCUUACAAAGAAAAAGAAAAAGGGUAAAUUCAGAGUAAGAUCAAGAGGAAAAUCUCCCAAAAAUACCAACUCAAUCAAUAACAACCUCUACCAGGCCUAUAUGAGAGGGCAUAAAGGAAUAUAGG